AUGCCUCUAAUUCCUUAUACCGGAUCUUUUCUGUCUAGUUCUACAUCUUCGUUGGAGCGGCAAACAAGGGGCGCACAAGGAGAUGCAGAAAAUGCAGGUAAUCUCCAUGGAUCAACGAGGAGUAGUAACUCAAACUCGCCGAAUACGUUUCAAGCGGAUCCACCUGUUGAGAAUAGCGAGGUCCAUCAGGAAAAUGAGCAAAGUAAUAGUGGUGGAAGUUAUGCUUCAUCAAAUCAUCAUCAACCGUUGCUGAGGAAGAUCUCAAUGAGCAAUACAAUCCAUGGAUUGGUGAACUCUAUUAGACCUUUGAGUACUUUACAGAGUAGCUCGAGGCAUCGUAAUAGAAGCGCUUCACAGUCUUCACCAAGGUCCAGAUCUUCUUCUUUGUUACAGGGACAACACAGCGAGAGAUCAAACAAUCCAUUCCUUAGUGAGUUAAACGACAAUCUCCCAAUGAAUUUGAGUGAAAACGAAUUGGACAUAUUAGGUGCUGCUCCUAAUGUUAGUGAAGGAGGCAUUCCUUCUACGCAGAUGCCAGAUAUGAGUGUCAGAACCCAGCCUUACAUUCAGGUGAAUUUGGAUGAAGCUACAAGAAUAAAUCGCUCGAGACGUCGUGCAGAUUCACAAACCGGAUCCAUAUUGGGGUCGUAUCCAAACUCACGUUCAAGUUCACAUAUGAAUUCAAGGCCUAACUCACAUCCAAAUUCGAGAUCAGGAUCACGUCAACAGUUAAGCAUGAAUCCAUUUAGUGCUGACAACACUAAUACCGGAAAUAGUAUCGUAAUUACUAACAUGGAUACGAAUGCACACAAUACCUUUAAUCCUGCGGUAUAUAAUUACAACAUGGCCAACAGUGAAACCGUGGCCAAUUUUCAAAUGUUUUUAGGUGAAGAAGAAGAAUUUCAUAAUCUAAGGACUCGAGGUAACACAUUAAGAGGCGAGGAUAAUUUAAUACCAGAGGCAAUCACAGGCCAUGAAGAUGUGCUACCUAAUACUAUUAUAGCUGGCGACGAGGACACGAGGCCAGACAAUAACGAGUUUCAGUUGAAUGAAAGGAUGGGGGAGGGUAAUGAGGAGAAUAGAGUUGGAACUAUCUAUUUUCCAACAUCCGAAAACAACGGAGAGGGAAACUCUAAUGUAGGUGUUGGACAAACAGGGGGAGUAUCGGCUUCAACACAUGCCGAGCAAGUUGCUUCAGACUCAGAUGGGUUUUAUUCCAUUAGAUUUACCCCAUCAAUUGAUCAUUCUUCCACACAUCCAUACAUGUUUUUUGGACCUAUUGUGCGUAAACUAAAACCAGGAAUGAAUAUAUCUAUUGGUAGAUAUACGGAGAAGAGCAAGGCAGCCGCUACAGCAGCAGCUGGAUCUAGUGAAAGUGUCGUUUUCAAAAGUAAAGUUGUUUCACGACAGCACGCCGAACUAACAGUUGAUGAUAAGGGGAAGUGGUAUAUUAAAGAUGUCAAAUCUUCCAGUGGCACAUUUUUGAAUCACGUACGGCUUUCGCCACCUAAUUGUGAAAGCGCUAAAGUUUAUUUGAGAGACGGCGAUGUCUUACAACUUGGUGUUGAUUAUCGGGGAGGCAGCGAAGAAAUGUAUAGGUGUGUUAAAUUGAAGGUGGAGCUGAACGACUCAUGGAGGAAACGAGCCGCCAAAUUUAGUAAGGAAGCACAUGAGAAGUUGAAAAAUUUGACUAACAAGAGUAGUGGGGAAGAGCUAACUGCAUGUGUUAUUUGUUUGGAUGAUAUCAGGCCAUGUCAAGCAGUUUUUGUCAGUAGUUGUUCUCAUUCAUGGCAUUAUAGAUGCAUUAGACCUUUAUUGGUGAAAACAUACCCACAAUUUCUAUGUCCAAAUUGCAAAGCUGUUUGUGACUUGGAGGCUGAUCCAGACGAUUUUGAAGAUGCAUGA